AUGACAAUUAGUACGAUGUUGGGGUCCAUCUCUUGUUGCCCCUCUCCCAAGGGGUAUGAAGUAGUGAAACAACACAGUGCUCGAUUAAGGCAUUGCGUUAUCACGGUGAAAUCGCUUGCGCCUGUGUAUUCGGAAGGCGUAAGCUAUGGGAUGAAGUUACAUUCUUUUGGGGGUAGAGAUUUAGUUACAAGAAGGGUUUUUCAUGGAAGAUUCUAUUUCCGAGGUAGAGGGUCUGAGUUCUCAGGGAGGAGAGUGCAGAGUUAUGCAGGAUUAGAUGUAGCAGGCGCCGUUGAUGUAAUCAACGAUCUCGGAUUCGAUACUUUGACGUUCUUGAUGGUCACUGUUAUAAUUGUCCCUGCGUUCAGAAUCCUCAAAGCCAGUCCGAUACUUGGUUUCUUCUUUGCUGGUGUUGUGCUGAACCAGUUUGGUUUGAUUAGAAAUCUCACAGAUGUUAAAGUUCUUUCGGAAUGGGGGAUUCUUUUCCUGCUCUUUGAGAUGGGUCUAGAGCUUUCACUUGCACGACUAAAAGCUCUUGCGAAAUUUGCUUUUGGCAUGGGGUUAUCUCAGGUUUUGUUAUGCACGCUUGCUUUCACCGCUUUUGAACUCCCACCAAAUGGAGCUAUAGGGACAAGAAUUCUCGAAUUCCUCUUUCAUUCAAGGCCUGACUUGGUCAAUAUCAGAAGCAUUGAUGAGGCCAUUGUCAUUGGCGCUGCUCUCUCAUUGUCUUCUUCAGCUUUCGUUCUACAGGAUAUAGCUGUUGUACCGUUACUAGUUGUUCUUCCGGUGUUGGAGAGCCAGAAUCUUGUUGGGGAAAGCAUAUUGCCGAUGCUUGCAAAAGAAAGUGCAAAGGCUCUUGGUGGCUUGGGCAUUCUCUCCCUUGGAGGAAAGUUCCUUCUCCGUAGAAUUUUCGAGGUUGUUGCAGAAACCAGAAGCUCGGAAGCUUUUGUAGCUCUUUGCCUUCUCACAGUUGCUGGGACUUCACUUCUGACUCAAAAGCUUGGUUUCAGCGAUACGCUUGGAGCUUUUCUAGCGGGAGCACUUCUAGCAGAAACAAAUUUCCGGACGCAAAUCGAAGCUGAUAUUAGGCCAUUUAGAGGCUUACUUCUUGGUUUGUUCUUUGUAACCACAGGAACUUCCAUUGACAUGGAGGUUCUGUUUCGAGAAUGGCCUAAUGUCCUCUCACUCUUGGGUGGUCUCAUUGUGAUCAAAACACUGAUUAUAACCGCACUCGGUCCUCGAGUUGGACUCACGUUACAAGAAAGCGUAAGAAUCGGUUUUCUUCUUUCUCAAGGAGGAGAAUUCGCAUUCGUUGUCUUCUCUCUAGCCAACAGGCUUGGAGUGCUUCCACUUGAGCUGAACAAGCUGCUCAUUAUCGUAGUUGUUUUGUCUAUGGCGUUAACACCUACGCUUAACCAACUUGGAAGAAAAGCCGCCGAUUUUCUUGAUGAGAAGCUUGAUCCCGGAGACAGAAUAGAAGAAGAUGUGAACUACGACGUUAGUGAAUCAAUUGUCAUCAUUGGAUUUGGACAAAUGGGUCAGGUGCUGGCCAAUUUUCUGUCAACACCGUUGGUCUCAGGAGUAGAUAGUGACCUUGUGGGAUGGCCUUAUAUUGGUUUUGAUCUGAAUCCUGCAGUAGUGAAGGAAUCAAGGAAACAAGGUUUCCCGAUCUUGUAUGGAGACGGAUCUAGGCCAUCUGUUUUGCAAUCUGCAGGUGUUUCAUCUCCCAAAGCAAUCUUGAUAAUGUAUAAAGGCAAGAAGAGAACCACUGAGGCUGUUCAAAGACUUCGUCUUGCGUUUCCCGCGACUCCGAUUUACGCAAGAGCUCAAGAUUUACCGCAUCUCCUUGAGCUAAAGAAAGCAGGAGCUACAGAUGCAAUUCUUGAAAAUGCAGAGACAAGUUUACAGCUUGGUUCGAAGAUGUUGAGAGGAUUUGGAGUAAUGUCUGAUGACGUGAGCUUUCUGAGUAAAGUCUUUAGAGAUUCAAUGGAGAUUCAAGCUCAAGAUGAAAUCACUGCUGCUGAAACCAUUGCUGCUUCACAAGAUCAGCUCAUGAAGCCGAUGCAAGUCAAAGCUUCUGAUUUAGCGGCAGACUCUACACAAGUUCAGCUCAUGAAACCAAUGCAAGUGAAAGCCUCUGAUUCAAACGCAGACUCUGCAGAGAUUCUUCAAGGAACAGAUGAUUUGAGUCAGCCUGAGAUUGAUUCUUCUGUGAAUAUAGAUAAUGGGUUUGUUGGUAAAGCUGAUAAAGCUCAAGAGUAA